AUGGUCACUUUCAAUUGUGAGGUCUGUAACGACACUGUUCCUAAGAAAAACACUGAAAAGCAUUACUACCGUUGUCCCAACGCUUACUACACCUGUAUUGACUGUUCAAAGACUUUCGAUGACGGUGUGAGUUACAAGCAACAUACUUCAUGUAUCAGUGAAGAUGAGAAAUAUCAAAAGGCAUUGUACAAGGGUGCCAAGAAGGGUACCAAUCAAAAGGGAGGACAGAAAGCAGAAAAACCAAAGGCCCAGCCUACAGUCGAGACAAAAUCGGUGGUUGCUGAAAAGAAAGUUAAGAAAGUUGAGUCUAAAAAGCAACCCACUAAAUUGGUUAAAGGUGAAUCUCUAUACAAGAUUCUAAGGGGAAUCAAGGACAAAGAUGAAAAGAAAAAGCUUUUAAAAUCAUUGAUUGUCAACGAUAGUGGGAAAUCAUUAGAUUUAAAAAAGGAUUAA